CUGAAAACCUGUUUCGCCCCGGGUCAAAACGUAGUCCGAUAAUAUUUGUAACGUAAUAUCUGUGGGUAUAAAUAGUCCACGGAUUGUAAAAUACGAAUCAGUUGAUGGUUACUAUUUGUUGAAUGAUUUUAUGGCCUGAGAAAUGGCUAAAUUGCUGAUUGUUUUACUAGUGGCUGUGGUCGCAGUUCAUUGCGUUCCAUAUGGAGGAGGUUAUGGAGGUGGUGGAUAUGGCGGAGGCGGCGGUGGAGGAGGAGGAUUUAGUGGAGGCGGCCAUAGUGGAGGAUUAGGAGGUGGUUUUGGAGGCGGUGGGCAUGGCGGCGGACUUGGAGGAAGCGGAGGACAUGGUGGAGGCUUAGGAGGCGGCGGUGGACAUGGCGGAGGCCUGGGAGGUGGUCUUGGCAGUGGUGGUGGUCACGGAGGAGGUCUUGGCGGUGGCGGAGGACACGGAGGAGGUCUUGGCGGUGGCGGAGGACAUGGAGGAGGUCUAGGUGGCGGCGGUGGACACGGCGGAGGUCUUGGAGGUGGUGGUGGACAUGGCGGAGGCCUUGGAGGCGGUGGUGGUCAUGGCGGAGGCCUUGGAGGAGGCGGAGGUCAUAGUGGAAACCUAGUUGGAGGCGGUGGUCACGGAGGUGGCCUUGGAGGUAGCGGUGGACACGGUGGAGGCCUUGGUGGAGGACACGGAGGAGGACUAGGAGGCGGCGGCGGUCAAGGAGGAGGCUUUGGAGGAGGCGGCGGUGGCGGACAUGGCGGUGGACAUGGCGGCGGAGGACAUGGUGCCAUUCAUUUCGAUGAUGAUGACUUCGGAGGUGGUGGCGGCCAUGGAGGUGGCGGUCAUGGAGGCGGAGGAUUUGGCGGUGGACAUAGCGGAGGACACGGUGGCGGUGGACAUAGCGGAGGACACGGUGGCGGCGGAUACGGAGGCGGACAUGGUUCAUAUGGUCAUCAUCAUUAUUAAUUAAGAUACUUAUCAAUCAUAAAAUAGAAAUAUUGUGAUUUGCGGUUGUGAAUGUGAUUGCUUCCUUAUAUGCAACAACGCGGUUGAAGGAAAUAAAUAUUUUUGAGUAUAAAA